GACUGGGUGUGUACUGUUCAGACGAAAUAUUUCCUGUAUUUCCUGUUUCAAUCACAAAUAACCUUUAAGGAAAAGAAAACAUAUAUAGAAUUAUGCCAACAACAAAUUUCACUGGAGGUGGAAUACAAACGAAAACAUUUCAAGAACUGCUAUGUUCUCCUUCUUUGGUUGGAGGGCUUCAACAAGAAUCAAUUCCUUUCUCAGUAGUCCACAUUCUCCUCUCCAUCACAGCGUUUCUUGGGAAUACUCUCAUCCUUGUUGCCCUUCAAAAGGAAUCUUCCCUUCAUCCGCCGUCCAAACUCUUGUACCGUUGUUUAGCAACAACUGAUCUGUUGGUUGGUCUCGUUUCUCAGCCUCUCAUGACUUCUUAUUGGAUGUCAGUGCUUCACAAACACUGGAGUUUCUGUCGAUACGCAUAUGACGCAGUCAUUAUUACAAGCUAUACGUUAUGUGGUGUAUCUUUGUUUACAAUGACCACUAUAAGCGUGGACAGACUCCUUGCCCUGUGGAUGGGGCUGAGGUACAAACAAAUCGUAACUUUGAAACGCUCAUACAUCAUUAUAACUUCCUUUUGGAUUGAAUCUAGUGUCAUUGCUUUAUGCUACACAUUAGAUUACCGUAUACCCACUUGGUCUGGCCAUAUAGCUAUACCAUCAUGCGUUGUUAUUUCAGUGGCCUCGUAUAUAAAGAUUUUUCGGGGUCUCAGUCAUCAUCAAGCUCAAGUACAAGAUCGUGUUCAGCAACAGCAGAGCCAACAAAAUGCAUUGAACAUAGCGCGAUACAGAAAGGCAGUGUACAGUGCGCUGUGGGUGCAAUUAGCAUUAGUAGUUUGUUAUGCACCAUACUUUAUAGUGGAAAUUGUAAUCACUAACAGCAAAACAUAUUCAUCUUACCUAGUAGUCAUAAGAGGAGUAGCGGCUGUCUUAGUUUUCUUUAACUCGACGUUAAACCCGUUUCUUUACUGCUGGAAGAUUAGUGAAGUAAGACAAGCAGUGAAGCAGACAAUCAGACAAGCACAACGGAGUUAGACCUUCCUCGAGUUAUAUUUGUAUAAGUACUUUCAGAGCUAAGAGUCAUAACUUCACAAAUAAUACAUGAGAACGCUAAUCAAAUAUGUUAUUAGAUGGCGAGAAAAAAGAAGCCUAAAAUAAUAUUGUUGUUCGAGGUUUGUACAUAGUCUGUUGUGAAUA